CUUCUUCGCACGGCAGACGCCAUCGCCGAGCGCACAAAUUGCGGAUAAAAUAAAGAAAAGGAGUGGAGCUUUGGGAAGAGAGGCGCCGCAGAUUGCUGAAGAAUUCAUUCGAUCGGGAUCUCCUGCUGAUCAUAUGUAACCCCAUGGAGGUGUCACGGAAUAAGUCAUCGUCCUGCGUGGAGUGUUGCAAUGACUGUACUCUUAUGCCCUGCUGCUCUGCCGCCGCCUGCUGCGAUGCUAGCUGCGACGCUAGCUGUGGAUUAAUCCCCCCCGAUCCAGUCCGAUAUGAGUACCAGGAACCCGAGGAGAAUUUUGUCUCAAUAGAUGAUGCGAAAAUCAAAGGGUUUCUUUGGAAAAUCGCACAGCAACAGCAAGAAAAGGAGUUGGAAAUGAAAAGAAUCAAGGAUCAGGAGAAAAGGGAGAAAAAAGAAAAGGAGCGAAGAGAGGCCGAGGCGCGAAGAUACCUAGAGGUAAUCGAAUUGGAUGAAGAGGAGGUUCCAUCAGCCAAGGGUUUGAUCAUCAGCGCAGCCCGGAGCUUAGCACAGUGGAAUUCUUCCAUAAAAAGGAUAUCCCCAGAUAUCGAACUGAUUCCUAGACAGGAGCACAGAAUUGUUGCAGAAAUCGAGCUAAGCGACAGUGAUCAGGAUCCAAGUAGCGAGGGAGAGGAAGAGGUGAAUCUUCCGUCAAAUACUGUUCGUUGUAUCUUAAACGAACAGGAACAGAUGAAAAUCCAGAAUCAGAUUCCCCAGGACCAGGUGAUCAUUGUGCCCUCUGACCAAGAAGAGGACCAGGAGUCUGAACGUGUGAUAAGGAAGAAAUCUUCCAACUCACGGAGAUCAGCUAAGAGACGUCCUUAUGUCAAUCGAAGGGGACGCCAUCUGUUCGAAUGUCCUGACUGCGGGAAGAAAGUGCAAUCUAAUUACAAUCUAAGACGUCACAUGAUGAUACAUACAGGUGAGCGACCUUUUCCUUGUGAUCUAUGCGAGCGCCGUUUUCGUGAGUUCAGUGAUCUUAAAAAGCAUCGUCGGAGGCACUCACAUGAUCCUCGGUUCAUCUGUAUGAUCUGUCACUUGGGACAACCUUUGGAGCAGGACUCCACUAGGUGUGCGGACUGUGAGAGCAAGAAUCUCAUGGUGAAACCUCAGCCAGAGGAAUUGGGCGAGGGAACUGCGGAGGAGCAGGCUGAGGAGAUGGAAGAAGACGAGGAUGACCUGGAGGAAGAGGAGGAACCAGAAGAAGAGGAGCAACCACAACGAGUGGCACCACCCACUUUAAUGGUUACUCUAAUACCACCUAUUCUAUCUCCACCAGAAAAGGUUUCCCAAACCACCCAGCCAAGUCGACCGCCGCUUCCCCGGAGUUGCAGCAGUGCCAACUCCUCAUCUUCCCUGAGCAAUGAUGGAAAUAUACCCGGAAAGCCCAUAAAUCGCAGUCGCAGAUCUUAUCCCUGCCCUUUAUGUCAUCGUCCUUUCGGAACUCGUCACAAUCUUAAACGCCACUAUAUGAUUCAUACUGGAGAGAAGCCUUUUAGCUGCUCCAAGUGCAGGAAACCCUUUAGGGAGUGUUCAACCCUCAAAAAACACAUGGUCACUCAUAUCAGAGAUCGGUGGUACAAGUGCUUGAGGUGUCCCUCCAAGUUCAGGGAUUAUCUGGAAUACGCUGAUCACAAAACCAGUCAUCUAGAUCAACUGAGUAGCCAAAAAUCUUCCACUUACGAAAGUGAGGAUGAUGGUGAGAGUUCUGUAGAAGAUUGUUUGGAAUGCUGCGAGUGUCAGCAGAGAUUCACGGAACUAGAUGCUUAUACGGCACAUCUUAAGAAGCACGACCUUGAAUUGUACGGAAUGAGUGUCGAUGAUGUGGUGGAUGAGGAACAGGAGGACGUGGAUGUGGCCUAAACAAAGGCAGGUUUUUGAUGUAAGCUUAAUUCUGUUGGUUAACUCAACAAUUUUUUAUCAAAGUGUUGAUUAAGAAUUUAGAAUUCUCGAUCUAAAUAUAUAUUAAGAAAGUUAAGAACUUAUAUUCUCCAAAAGUAUGGCUCAAAGCUAAUAUGCAACAUCAGAACAUUCCCCAAGCAAUGUUUAAAAUAAAUAUUCGUUUAUUGUUCACACUACUUUGAUCAGCCUUUAAGGCCUUCAUUAUUUGUAGUGUCGAAUCACGCGCCAUAGUCCACCACGUAAAUCAUAUGAUAACUUACAGAACUGAACGAUACGCUCCUAUUUUACAGAGCCUUAUCAAUUGUAUUUA